AGGGACGAGCUGCCCGUUGCAUAAACAAGCACACACCGCUAAGCACAGGAAAACAAACUGCUCAUAGGGAGUGGUAUAAAGAGAGUGGAACAGGCAAAGGAGAGGUAUUCGAAGUUUUGUAGAAACUAUGGAUUCUACCGUUGAGAAACACUGUGUGGAACUUGUUGCCCUUGGGCGAAGUGGUCACACAGCUGUAUUAGAAGGAAAUACUCUGCAUGUCUGGGGAGGCUACAUGUCAACCGCUGAGAGUGAAGUUUUCCUUCCCAGUGAUGAAAUCUGGUUGUAUGACUUAGAAAGAGGUUUAUGGGAAAUGUCUCAAAUGUCAGGAGAGAUCCCGCCCCCCAUGUCAGGCACCUGCAGCUGCUUUCUAAUUGGCCACAUGUACAUAUUCGGAGGAUAUGAUGACACGGGACAGACCAAUCAGCUUUACCGUGUCAACCUCCUGGAUGGGGACUACAGAUGGACGAACGUGAAAGCUGAGAGUGGCUCUCCUCCUUCACCCAGAGAUAAGCUGUGCUGCUGGGUUUUCAACAACAGGGUCACCUACUUUGGUGGAUAUGGUCACAAGACACUUGAUGACAUCAUGGAUGACAAAAGCUUCAUCGUGGACACGGCAUCAUUGGAGCAGAACGUUGGUUGGGGAUGGAACAAUGAAGUCCACGUUUUUGACACAACACUAGCCAGCUGGAGGGAACCACGGAGCUCUGGUCGUGCUCCUGCCCCCAGAGCUGCCCAUGCAGGUGCCACACUUGGUCAUAAAGGGUAUGUCUAUGGGGGCAGAGUACUGGAAACCACACCAAGUGACAUUCAUUGUCUAGAUCUAGAAUCAUGGACAUGGUCUGAAAUAGUACCAAUAUCCACUUUGCCAGGAGGAAGGUCGUGGCACAGCCUCACUGCAGUAUCUGAUAACACUUUGUUUCUAUUUGGUGGACUGAAUGUAGACUGCAAACCAAUGAGUGAUAGAUGGGUUUUAGACGUUGACACAAAGACAUGGAGGGAGUUUGACCAUCCAAACAACAACAAACCAAGGUUGUGGCACACAGCAAGCCAAGCAAAGGACUCUGACGUCGUUGUGUUUGGGGGCAGUUGUGACUACGUCCUCCUAGUAGGAACGUAUGAGAAUUUGACGGGCCACAGCAAUGAUGCACUUGUUUUCCAGACCCAACCUUAUCCUCUCUUUCGGAUAUGUGUGGACUGCAUGGCAAAGAAUGUGAAUAACUGCAAGAUGCUUCAAAACCAGCUUCCAUCUCUGCCCCGGAAACUACAGGAAGCUGUACAGAGGAGAACGUCCAGACUUAUAUAAUACAUACAGUGCAUUCAGAAAGUAUUCAGACUCCUAGACUUUUCCCCCAUUUUGUUAUGUUAAAGCCUUGUUCUAAAAUGGAUUACAUUGUUUUUU